AUGCUCAUCUGCCGUCUUCAUCAUGACGCCAGUCUCAACUACUACAAAGUAGCAGUUGAGGACUUCUGCUGCCAGAUGCUGGUAACAGGCAACACAGCCUCAGGAGGGCGGCUGGCUGCGGACCGAAGAGCAUCGCAGUCCUUCCGCACCGAGGGCUCCCUCUCACGUGCUCGGCUCCUCUCCGGGGACCUCCACCCCUUCACUAAGCCAUCCCUGCUCCGGGGACCCUUCUUCCCGUGCCACCGGGCCUCUCUAAAGAAAUCUCCUGGCUCUUCCCAACUGGCCACUGUGCUCUUGAAUGCAUUUCUCUUAAUCCUCCUUUGUUCUCUCCCCCUUGUAGGCAUGAAGUUUUUGGAAGACUGCCCCAUACAGCCCCUCAUUCCUCUCUAUUUGCUGGUGGGUGGGAUCAUUGGAGCCUUAAAGGUGUCUCUCCUGCAGCAAGACUCCAGCAGGAUGUGGCACCUUCUGUCCAAGGCCGUGGUGACCCACCAUGACGACGAUGAUGACUAUUCCUGGAGGCCAAAGGCGCGGGAAUAUUACACCCACCUCGUCCUCAGCCUCCUCCUCUUCCUCUGGUUCCUUCUGGGUAACGACUGGGUCUUUUCCGUUUACCUGCCUGAUUUUAUUGCCCCUUUCCAGCAGCCUCAGGAUCGUUGUGACAAAACCCUAUACCUCUUUGCGGUAGGGGUCCUCAUGCUCAGCCAUACCGGGCUGGUCCAACUCGUCCUAUGCGGCUGGUGUGCCUGUGUGUAGUCCAGGUGGAGAUGUGUUGUCAUGACGACUGAGAACCACCCUCUCCAACACCCAUAG